AUUUCCCCGCCCCAGCUCGCUCUCGAACUGCACGGUUGCAUAAGUGUUACAUACCUACAACUAUGUGUGCGAAAAGCUCGCUACGUGUCCAGAAAGUGGAUCUGUUCUCUCCAGUGUUUUAAGUUUUAACCUCCAGGAUUAACUCAAAACUAAGAUGUUAAAAGGCCGGGGUCGUGCCACUGUGGGAACUCCGCAAUUCCCGCGCCCGGCGCCGGGGACGCUACAGUUCGCACGCCAGACGCCGGGCACGCCACAGCAGUCACGCCAAGUGCCCAGCACGCCACAGUUCGCACGCCAGGCUGCGCCUGCGCCGCGCGCGCCCCUUGCCAAGCCGGAGCCAGACUACGAGGUGGUGGAGUUCCCUGCCGAGGAAUAUGUCAACGCCAAGCUGCAGCCACCGCCUACGCCUCCGAGACCACCGACAGGUCAUCCAGCAGAUGCCGGCGCCUCAUGCGGGCUGUGCGGCGGCGGCGGCGCGCGCGUGCGCUGCGCCGAGUGCGGCCGCCGCGCGCUCUGCGCCUCCUGCGACGACAUGUACCACCGCCAUCCCAAGCGCAGGAACCACCAGAGACAGGCUCUGUCCGUGACGCAGUUACGCGAAGAGCAGCGUCCGCCGCUGCCACCCAAAACUACCGCUCCAGUACCACCGCCUCGACGGCACAAGAUAAGCGGCGACCGAUCAAGUGCUAGCCCUAGACCUCCCGUACAAGAGCAGCCACGUCGAGCUACGCUCGGUUCCAUCAAUACUAUGACGGCACAAAACCAAGCACCGACACGACCUUUAAGCAACCACGGGGUCCCGCAGCCCAUACCUCCCCACCUGAGCAAGAUAUUGCCACCGGCGCCUUCUGCUCAUGUCGGCAGCAUGCCUUAUUUACCGACGAGUCAACUUCAAGCUGCCGCUCCUGCACCGCAAGUCAUGCCGUACCACAAUAACACGAUGGGUCAUGCGCCGCAGACGUGGGGGCGUCCCAGAGCGUCGCUGCCGCCUUAUAACGUGCCGACUAACAUGGUUCAACAGCCAAUGAUGCAUGAACCAUGGGACGGGCCCGAGAUGCUACCUCAAGCGCAAACCUGGAGCCGGCCUAUGCGCCGCGGCGCCUCGGUCCUGGAGCUGGGCCAGCCGGCGCCGCCGUGCCCGGGCUGCGCGCACUGCGCCGGCGCGCCGUGGCGCUACGGCAGCUGCGCCAGCCUCGACCCCGGCCCGUGGGGCUGGCAGUGCUGCCCGCCGCAGCACAUGCAUCCGCACGCUCAUAUGCAUUCGACGAUGACACCUCAACCUUAUCGCAGAGCCGACAGCCGCGCAAUGUCUCGCGCGGCGUCCCGCGCCGGCUCCCGCGCCGCGUCCCCCGCCAUGAGCGUGCGCUCGCGCGCGUCGCGCCGCCCCAAGCACCGCACGCCAUCGCCGCCGCCGCUACCGUCCAGCGAUGCCGACUCCGAGAGCGAGGAGAGCGACCAUCGCGAGCCACUGAAACCGCAAAGUCCUGCCAGAAAAACGGUUCACACUAAAGUCCAAAGUCCGGUGCGGAUAACUGCAAAUCCAUCCGAAGUAGAAGACGACAGUUUAGGGCCGGCGCCCCCGCCGCCGGCGUCGUCGUGGCAGUGCGAGCACUGCACGUUCGUGAACGAGCCGGGCGAGCGCGUGUGCGCGGUGUGUUGCCGCACGCCCACCACGGCGCCCAGGGUCGUGGCCGGCGGCGCCGCCGACGCCAUAGCGACCCUACACAUCUCCGACACGGCUGGGUCCAGCGACACUCGCCAAAAACAAAAUGGCGAGGUUCCCAAAGUCCAGUCGAAAAAACAGAAGUCUUCAACCGGAUGCGGCCCAUCGCCGCCGAGGGAAAACAAACCUAGACAACCAACAAGCCGACUCGUUACGCCAGUGCGGGACGUGGACGAUCAGUCUCGGCGACAUGACAUGGCCGUGGGGCCAUCGCCGCCUAAGGAAGUUCGGAAUAGGGAAAUGAAUGGCAGAACAACUUAUAAUGGAAAUGAACAAGGGCGACACAGCGUAUCUGUUGGUCCAUCACCGCCUCGAGAAGAAACCCGAACUUCAGUAGCAAGAAUUCCGCCUGAACCUACAAUACGGCACAACAUCUCGGUGGGGCCUUCACCGCCACGAGAGAGUACGAACCAAAAAAAGUCCGCUGGCGCUUCCCCGCAGCGGGGAAGCGCUGAGAGCCGCGGCCGGUCGCCGUUCAGUCGGUCGAAAGUUUCCAAUACGGGUACAUCGCCACCCCCUCAAAGUAUUUCAACUCAGACGUAUGAAGUACCAACACCAUGGGAGCGUGAGCGUGAGCGAGAAAAGGAACGCGAGCAGGAGAAGGAACACGAGCGGGAGAAGGAACGCGAGCGGGAGAAGGAACGCGAGCGGGAGAAGGAACGCGAGCGGGAGAAGGAACGCGACCGGGAUAAGGAACGCGAGCGGGAAAAAGAACGCGAGCGAGAAAGGGAGAGGGAACGAGAGCGGGAACGUGCUCCGUCGGUGCCGCGGUCGCGCUCCCGUCGGCGGUUCCGAGACGAAGCUCGGCGCGAACGCUCGCAUAGCAGGCAUUCGCUGUCCAGCGAUACACGGGAGAGCGAGCGCAGCGUGCGCACCGCCGGGCGCUGGGAGUGGCGCUCGCCGCGCGACAGCAGCCCGGCGGGCGACAGCGACGCCGGCCGCCGCCGCCUGGCGCGCCGCGCCUCGCACCUCGACCUGCGCCCGCAGCGCGCGCGGCGCCGCUCCAGCUUUUACGGCUCCGAGGCGGCGUCCCCCGAGCCGCUGGCAUACAACCGCACGCUGUCGAUGGAGGCGCUGGGGGCGGGCGCGGCGCGCGAGGCGGAGCGCGGGCUGGAGCUGGCGCGGCUCAUGGACGCGGCCGAGCGGCUCGGCUUCAGCGCGGCGGAGGUGCAGGCGGCACUGGCUCAAAGUCCCGCAGCGCCACUAGCGUGGUUGCGCGAGCGCUGGCCGAGCCUAGUGGCGGGCGUGCAGGCGGCUGCGGCGCGCCUGGCGGCCGGCGCGAGCGUCUCCGAGCUGGAGGCGCGCGCGGCCCUGGCGCGCCACCGCGCCGCCAUGUGGCCCGCCGUCACCGAGUGCGUCGAGCGCCACCGCCGCCAGGCGGUGGCGGGCAGCGUCGGUGAGGAGCGGCGGCUGCGCGGGCGCGUGUGGGGCUCGCCGGCCGGCGCCGACGUGGACGCCGCGCCGACGCCCGCCCACCGGCUAGUGCGCGCAGAAGACAGUUCAGAUGAAUUCGAAGAGCCGAUACCGAAAACAUUUCAAGAUGACGACUGGAUGUACUUGCCGCUCCCGGCUAAAACUCCGAGCUUAUUUGAUAUGGAUCUCGACAGAGAUGUUUGGAGUUUACCCGAUCACAAUAAGCUGGACAAUUUAGGAAAUAAUAUUGCUUCGGUCCCGAUAGAUUUCGCAUCGGUUCCGCCAGAUUUGGCUUCAGCUCCGAUAGAUUUUACUUCGGUGCCGACAGAUUUCGCUUCAGCUCAUACAAAUUUCGCUUCUAUUCCGACUAGUAGUAAAGUAAAGGCAGAGAAACCCAUUAAUGCUCCUAAUAUUCCAAACACGCAAGAUAAAGUAAACGCAAUCGAUACUGAAGAUAUAGCUCAAAAAUUAAAAGCGUUACUUUUACAAGCAGGGAUCCCGUCCAUUGAUGAAAAUUUACUUUUGAAAGGUUUACUAGCGGAUAACAAUAAUCUAGAAAAAAGCAAAGAUGCUAAUACUACUUUAGAUAACAAACCAGAACAAAUAUUAGAUAGCAAUAAUUUAGAAGUAAGAACAGGUACUAAUAUUAUCGUUAAUAACAAACUACAACAAGUAGCAGAUAGUAACAGCGUUAAAAAUGAAAAGAAUGCUAACAUUACUUUAGAUAUGAAACCGGAACAAACACAGUCGCUCGACCUCGGACAAUCUGAAAACGAUUUCAUAAAUGCUUACAAUGCAUUGACUAGGCACAGCCCUUUACCUAGUGUUACUAAUGAAAGGCCUGGUUAUAUUAUAAAUUUCAAUGACUUUAAUGCUACUCGCAAUAUAGUAACAUUGAAUAGUAAUUAUGAUGCUGAAAUACUAGAAACACCUGAAACACUACAUCCACCUGAGCAAAACAAUGCAAUUGAGAUUGUGCCCGGUAAUGAUCACAUGGGGGAUAUUAUCUCAAACGUAGCAUCAGAUAACACAGUGCAAGAAGCUGUAUCUAGUGUUAGUAAAGAAAAGACUGAAACAGAAAUAAUAAACAAUGUCGAAACUACCCAAACACAUUUUGAGAGUAGAAACCAGACUUCUGCUAAACAUACCAUAAAGUCGAGAAAUAAAUUAUCUACAGCAAAUAAGUCAUCAACAAACACAAUAGAACGAGACUAUCUUAUUAUAGACAAUGAUAAAACAAAGAAUUUGAACGACAUUGUAGAUAAUACACAAAAACUUAUCCAGCAAAUGAAAGCUGAAAUUAAUUCAGACAUUAAUUCUCUCCAUGAUUCAAACUCGUCACAUAAUGAGGCUGAUAAUAGUUCUAAUGACUCUGAUUUAUCAACUGAUCAUGAAUCAUCAUUCAGUGAAUCCGAUGAGGAAACAGACGACUUAACUACAGAAAAUAAAGAUUAUACAAGUAGUGAAAAUGAAGAAGAAGGAGAAAUGCAGCAAAAUACCGAAAAGGGCACUCCAGUCUUAGAUAGGACUAGUUCUGAGGAAAACGAACAAUUUGAAGAAGCAAUGGAUCAUAUAGAAGCUCAAACCGACGCCAUUCAACAAACAAAUUUUGAAAUACUAAAUUCCAUCGCACGGAGCCUUCAAGAAGAACAUACGAUAUCUAUUCAGUUAGGAACAGAGACGGAGAAAACUGAAACACGUCCAAAGCGUCAGGACGUCAACAACAAUUUUGCUACGGUUAAUACCUUUGAAGAGAUUUACGAAGAACUAGGCACGGAUCAACCUGUCAUACCGGAAAAGCAAAAAACUAACUCUGAACAAGACUCUAUGAUACCUAAAAUCGAAAAGCCGCCUUAUAUUAAACAAGACAUACACCUAAUGGUUUUCCAGCCUGUACCAGCAUUGGUAGCAACAGUAAGUGAAAACAUACUACCGAUAAUUAAUGCAACUAUUGAAGAAUUACCAUUCAUAGAUGAACCACUAGAAACCCAUGAUAUGUUAGAUAAUGAAACUACCGUAGAAUUAAACAUUAAGGAAUCUUCUGAAGAAGAUAAUGAUGAUAAUGUCACUAAUAUUAAUCAAGUCGUAGAACAUACUGCUAAUGACGCUACUGUUGCUAUUGAAAUGGAUCGCAAACCUUCUUCUCCAUCCCUAAAUAACAUUAACACUACUGAUGAAAUUGUGGAACAACUAAUUGAAAUCACAAAUACCCUUCAAAAUAAUUUGAACAAAAUUGAAAAUUCAGAAUUCUCUCAAUCUGACAUUGCAAACGCGGAUAAAGAGUAUGAAGAUAAGGAAAUGCAUAUAAAUCAUGACAUCGUCAAUAUCACGCCUCAAACUGAGAACAUAAAUAUACAUAAGCAAGUUAUUGAAGCAGAGUCGAGAUCUAGUACAUCACCAGAUAAGAAAUCAUUAAGUCCUCCUAAAGAUGAAAAGAAUACCCCCACCAGGUCCAACAUACCAAAGCCUAUUAAAAUAUUGCCCAGCAUCAAACAGAAAGUAGACAAGAUUGCUCCGAAGGUACUUGUUUCCAAAGUACCUGUACGGCGAGCAUCUAUAAAACAGAAUCCCGCACCAGGUCCCCCUAAAGCUCAUUUCGGGAAUAUCAGCAGCGGCCAUGUUAAGCAACUACAAUCUAGGUUAUUUAAUCCAAAAACUGGAAAAGCACCAGCACCGGCACCACCAGCCGCAAGUACAAUAGAGGUUAAACCGUCAACAUCGACUUUGAAUAAGAAGAAGCCUGCUCCGCAACCUCCAUCGAAAUCACAACAACUUAAACAGCCCUCUCCGCCAAAAACGCCGUCAAAAGAAAAGAAUGAGCCAUUUUUCCGCGAGACAUGUCGAACCGAAGACGAAUGGACGGACAGUGAUUCUGACGAUUCGCAAAUGCAAGUUGUGGUUAAGCCAGAGCCAGAGCCGGAGCGACGACCACCAUCGCCGCCGCCGCCGCUCACUUUGCGUCGCGUCUCCGGACAGAUGAUCGACUUGGCUCACGUACGGCUUCCGGAGGGAUCACCUGAGAGACAAGCACGCAUGCUUCUAGCCGAAGGCGCGGCCGAGAGCUGGGAGCAGGCGCAGCUGGCGGUGGAGCUAGUGGCGCGCGGCGCCGACGCGCCCGCCGCGCUGCUGGCCGCGCUCGAGUGCGCCGACCUGCCCGCCGCGCUCGCCUACCUGCACCAGGACUGCGAGCUGUGCGCCUCCCGCCUGCCCGAACACCAGAUGGUGUCAAUGCUGCGUUGCACGCACCGCUGCUGCCGCGAGUGUGCGCGCCUGUACUUCACCGUGCAAGUGACGGAGCGCAGCGUCGUCGACUGCGUGUGCCCGUACUGCAAGGAACCCGAGCUGGAGACGCUAGAGGAGGAUGCCUGGCUCGAGUACUUCGCGCACCUCGACAUACUGCUCAAAGUGCUGUUGGACGCGGACGUGCACGAGUUGUUCCAGAGAAAGUUACGAGACCGAACUUUAGCGAGGGACCCGAACUUCAGAUGGUGCGUGGAGUGUUCGUCGGGAUUCUUCGUGCAUCCGAAGCAGAAGAAAGUUCGUUGUCCCGAAUGUAGAUCGGUCAGCUGUGCUACUUGCAGGAAACCGUGGUCAACGAAUCACGAGGGUCUGAGCUGCGAGCAGUACGCGGCGUGGUUAGAGGAUAACGACCCUGAGCGGUCGGCCGCCGCCGUGCAGCAGCACCUCCGCGAGAACGGGCUCGAGUGCCCGCGCUGCCACUUCAAGUACUCGCUGUCUAGGGGCGGCUGCAUGCACUUCACGUGCACGCAAUGCAAGUACGAGUUCUGCUACGGCUGCGGAAAACCGUUCACUAUGGGCGCGCGCUGCGGCCUGAGCGAAUAUUGCGCGCGGCUCGGCCUGCACGCGCACCACCCCAGGAACUGUCUCUUCUAUCUGCGCGACAAGGAGCCACAUGAACUGCAGACUCUGCUGCAGAUGAACAACGUCACAUUCGAAGUGGAGGCGCCAGAAGGAUCUCCAACUCGCUGCCCGGUGCAGCUGCAGCGCGAGACGCCCACCGGGCUGGUGGACGGCGCCUGCAACGCCGACGCGCCGCCUAAGCACGCCGGACUCUGCAAGAACCACUACCUGGAGUACCUGAGCCGGCUGAUCCGGCGGCGCGAGAUCGACCCGCUGCCGAUCCUCGGCAUCGACGACCUGGAGACGCUCGGCGCACUACGUGGAGUACCUGGCGGCGCUGUGCCGGCCGCUGGACCCGAUCCCCAUCAUGGACGUGCCCGAGCUGGUGGCGGAGCUGCGGCGCCGCGCGCUGCCGCUGCCCGAGCGCGGCCCGUGGGACACGGACCCCAUCUACGCUGGCAUGUGUGCUGAGAUCGUGAAAGAAAAAAUACCCUUGGAUUGAUGGCCGUUUCUCUACCUGCCUAGUGCCUACCAUCGUACAUAAUUCAAACAUAACAAGAAGCUACUUGUAUUCCAGUAUCUUGAAAUGAUAUUGUUAUUUAUAUUAUUUAUUAUAAAAUAAAAUACCUAUAUUGCUUUA